GGUAGAGUCCUCCUCAGCUCCCGGACCCUGGCGGAGCAGAUCACAUUCUCCGUCUGUCGAGCCGAGGCAUCAACCCGCAGCUUCAAGGACUCCUGACCGGCGCCGUUGGAACGACACGAGGACGACAGGAAACCAGCUGCUCUCCCUCAGGCGCAGCAUCAUUUCCAUCUAAGUGUCAUCCAUGAGAUUCUUCAGGCUAUCCUUCAAGUGCUUCGUCGACUGCUUCUGAAUCUGCUCCUGUCAUCGGCUCAUCUGACCGCGUUGCUUUGUGAACAUCGUUUUUUUUCCGUCUCCGUCUCUUGGUCGAGCCGAGGGGAUCCAACGUGUUAUAAAAAAACAAAAAAACAGACUGCGAUUGUUUUUGUUUGUUUUUCAAUCUUAAGAAGGCAACAAAAAAAAAAUAACAAACUCAGAAAAAAAAAUAACAACAAAAAAAAAAGAAAAAAAAAGACAAGCUGAGCCCUGCAUAGCUGCUCCUGUGUGAGUGCCUGAGCCCUGUCACCAGCCAGGCACGUCCAUACAAACUUCAACCAGGCCCCUCUGGCUCAAGCCACCAGCUGCCAGCCUCAUUUGAAAAAAGAAGAGAAAGAGUUUUUCCAUCCGACAACAUGUCACCUGAGUUGGAAGAAAACAGCCAAGGUGAAAUCAGUCUCCCCCAGCUCGAGGCAGGGACCCUGUCUGAGGAGGAAAGUGGGGGGUCAGCUCGCCCCCUGGUGCCCGUGCCUGGAGCGGGGCCAGGGUGUGGUGAGGGCGGAGGGGCUGGCACACCGCAAGCCCAGGACGUGGCUGCAGCCGGGACCGGGAACGGGGUGGCAGUGCCGGUGGUGGAGAGGGAAACUUGGACCAGACAGAUGGACUUCAUCAUGUCCUGCGUGGGUUUUGCUGUUGGCUUGGGCAACGUGUGGAGGUUCCCUUAUCUCUGCUACAAGAACGGAGGAGGCGUUUUCCUGAUCCCCUACUUGCUCAUCGUGUUCAUCGGGGGCAUCCCGGUCUUCUUCCUGGAGAUAGCACUGGGACAGUUCAUGAAGAAAGGAGGGGUCUCUGCCUGGAACAUUGCACCCCUCUUCAAAGGUCUGGGCUUGGCCUCGAUGGUGAUUGUGUUCUUCUGUAACACCUACUACAUCAUGAUUCUGGUGUGGGGCCUCUACUUUCUCUUACACUCCUUCACCAACCCCCUGCCCUGGGCCACCUGUGGACAUCCCUGGAACACGGCCAACUGCACACAGGACUUCCGGCGCGCCUGCUACAACCGCAGCAUACUGCUGUCAACUGCCGACACCCCCUUCAACGUUGUCUCUUCUACACCCCCACUGAACCUGUCCUCAGCCCUGCUCCUUUUCAACGGCAGCUGCGCGGAGCACGAAGGCAUGCGCUCCCCUGUCAUCGAGUUCUGGGAGCGUAAAGUGCUGCGUCUGUCUGAUGGGCUGCACGAGCCCGGGGACAUCAGCUAUGAGUUGGUGCUCUGUCUCAUCGCCGUCUGGAUCAUCGUUUACUUCUGCAUGUGGAAAGGUGUUAAAUCUACUGGCAAGGUUGUGUACUUCACUGCUCUGUUCCCAUACCUGGUCCUGGUUGUUCUCCUGGCCCACGGAAUUACUUUACCUGGAGCUUUAGAUGGGAUCAUUUACUACCUGAAACCAAACUGGUCCAAACUCGGAGAAGCACAGGUGUGGAUUGAUGCCGGCACUCAGAUCUUCUUCUCCUAUGCCAUCGGACUGGGUGCCCUGACUGCACUGGGCAGCUACAACCGCUUCCAUAACAACUGUUACCAGGAUGCAUUCGUCCUGGCCUUCAUUAACAGUGGAACCAGUUUCUUUGCAGGCUUUGUGGUGUUCUCUGUGCUGGGCUUCAUGGCUGAAGAGCAAGGCGUGGACAUCAGUAAGGUAGCAGAGAGUGGUCCAGGCCUGGCCUUUAUUGCCUACCCCAAGGCUGUGACUCUGAUGCCUCUGGCGCCGCUCUGGGCUGCACUUUUCUUCUUCAUGUUGCUCAUACUGGGCUUGGACAGCCAGUUCGUCGGGGUAGAAGGUUUGAUAACAGGCAUCAUGGACAUGCUGCCCCCUAAAUCUGUCCUGGGCUCUCUGCGCCGAGAGGUGGUGGCGGCCAUCUGCUGCUUCAUCUGCUUCCUCAUCGACAUGUCUAUGGUCACAGAGGGAGGGAUGUAUGUCUUCCAGCUGUUUGACUACUACUCUGCCAGUGGCAUCACUCUGCUGUGGCAGGCCUUCUGGGAGUGUGUGGUGAUUGCAUGGGUCUAUGGCGCAGACCGUUUCAUGGACGACGUGGCUCGUAUGAUCGGCUACCAGCCCCUACCCUACAUGAAGUGGUGCUGGUCCUACAUCACGCCUGUCGUCUGUGUGGGUGUGUUCCUGUUCCACGUGGUGAACUACAAGCCCCUGACCUACAACUCAUCGUAUACGUACCCCUUGUGGGGUGAAGUAAUCGGCUGGUUAUUGGCUCUGUCCUCAAUGCUCUGUAUCCCUGUCACUGUUCUCUUCAAACUGCUGCGCUGCAAAGGAUCUUUGCGUGAGAGGUGGCAGCACCUUACCACCCCAGUUUGGGGCAGACAUCACCUGGAGUACCUGGCCCCAGAGAGUGAGGCCAAACUGCUGCCCCCUGCUGGAACCAAGAAUCAGCUACCCUUUGAGAGUGUCAUCUGAUGACCUGAGCCCGACAGAACACAGAUCCAAGGUCGCCUUUGACAUCAGCACACACAGAUACAAACAUGCAGGCGACCCCACAAGCAUGCACAUCACACUGGCCCAGUCAGAGCAAAGUGCAGAUUAACUACGCAGCCCACAGUUUUGAAGGUAUGGAAAAGCCCUGGACAAUUGGACCAAAGAUUAGAUGGGAGAAGAACUGAAACCCAACCGCAAGAAUACAGCCAUCACAGGCUGAUGUUCCGUCUGCUCUGCUUUCUGACGCUACCUCGCUGAUUCUCCCCUCUCUCUCUGUCCCCUGCCUUUGUGCUGUUCCGUCCAGUCUUGUUCCGUGAGUGCGAUAUGUCCAGUGUAGUUGCGAUAUCUUCCCUUCGCUGCGCCUCUGUGUUUAAGUUCAACAGCCUCCCAACAUGUCACGUCAUUUUACUGUGAGUAGGCAGAAACGUAAAAAAAAACAAAUCGAGAAACUUUCGAAAUGAAAGAAGUCACAUUCGCUGCUGAUAUGCCAUGGUCUGAAUGUGUGUGUGCGUGUGUGAGUGUGAGUUAGAAAGAGUGCGUGUUGGACUGUGGCAGUGGUGUCUUCAUUUACAUGUAGCGUUGUGUUUGCCCAUCAUUGUUUCCUGCCAAGUGAACUCUCUUCGUGAACAGCUUCCAUUUGUAAGAAACAAAACAAAACAAUCAAAAAGAGAAAAAUGCAUCACCACUUCCAGCUGUGUGUUAUGAACUAACUUAUCCAGUGUAUUGUGGGGUCUGUGAAUCAGUGUUAACAAUAUUCGGAGGGGGAUGACGAUCAAUAUUUCCAUCAGAAGGAGACGGAGAGAAAGUUCAGAUCGAAUUGUGCAAAGAGCAGGAGGCGGGGAUGUGGGGAGGGGCAAGAGUCUUGGUGAAAGGAAAGAAGCAAUAAAUGACCAGAUUAAGAUGGAAA